AUGACGAUCUGGCAGGCCGUGUGUCUGUAUCCCAAGGCCAUCGGCUGGUCUGUACUCCUUUCGACAGCCAUUGUCAUGGAAGGCUAUGAUGUGCGAUACGGCAUGCGGCAGUCUGAUGGAGCAUAUCAGAUAACAGCUCUUUGGCAGGCUGGGCUGUCGAAUGGGGCAAAUGUGGGUGAAAUUCUUGGUCUGUUCAUCAACGAUAUUGUGUCCGAGCGAUAUGGAUACAGGCGCACAAUGCUUGCGUCCCUGGCUGCUUCGGUAGAUUUUAUUUUCAUCCCUUUCUUUGCGCAGAAUAUUGUGAGCUUGGAAGUCCGCGACAUAUUGAUGGGUAUGCCGUGGGGGACAACAUACAUAAAUCUGAUAGCCGUUGGUGUUUUACGAACCCUUCUCCAGCGGGCGGAUCAGUGGGCGUAUCGCAUUCCAUUUGCUUUACAGUGGAUGUGGCCUGUUCCACUCAUAAUUGGCAUUUUCUUUGCACCUGAGUCACCUUGGUGGCUAGCUUUGUACCGACUCACAUGUUCUUCUGCUGAUGGCGACUUCAGUGUUGACCAGACAAUCGCCCUGAUGGUACAUACAGAUGCUCUAGACAGGAAACUUACAAUGGGAAUCUCGUAUUGGGAUUGCUUCAAAGGUAUUGAUCGACGACGCACUGAAAUUGUGUGCUUGACUUGGGCCAUCCAGAAUUUAUGCGGGGCCGCUUUUAUGAGGUAUUCUACUUAUUUUUUCCAACAAGCUGGUCUCGCGGCCAUCUAUUCAUUCGACAUGUCUAUGGCGUUGUAUGCUGUCGCAAUUCUUGGCGUGUUCAUAUCAUGGUUCUUUAUGGCAAAUUUUGGACGGCGAACCCUCUACCUUGGAGGGCUAGCAGCAAUGUUCCUUUUACUUCUUAUCAUCGGCUUUGUUGCUGUUGGGAAUCCCGCUAGUGGUGGCUGGGCAAUCGGUUCACUGUUGCUUGCCUAUACCCUCUUCUACGACAUAACUGUCGGGACCGUUGCUUUCUCUAUUGUGGCCGAAAUUCCCUCAAGUCGGCUGCGGACGAAGACUAUAGUACUCGGCCGGAAUUUGUAUAACGUCAUUGGUAUUAUCAACGGAGCGGGUUUUUUCUGGGCAGGAAUGUGCUUCUUGUGCAUGGUAUGGACGUAUUUUCGUCUUCCAGAGCCCAAGGGUCGAACUUACGAAGAGCUGGAUCUGUUAUUUGAAGAGAAAAUCAGCGCACGAAAGUUUAAGGCGACAGUGAUGAAGAUCGUCAAGGCCCGCGCCGGCUUUUGGAUGAUUGGGCUAUUUUUGGGGGCAAAUGUUUUCACGGUGGGGGCUGCUCACCAAAGAUCAUGGACGAUUUUAACGAGGAUGCAAACAUGA